UAUCUACAAUGCUGGUAUCAUAACAAUACGUACUUGGCAUGAAGUAAAUUAUAAUAGAAUGUGCGUGCUUUUUUCUUUACGCUUCCUCUGUUGUUGUUUUAUGUUUUAACCACUGGAGGUCUCACAGCGACACCUACAGGUGUGUCCGACACCCUGCAGCUUUAUGAUGGCAGUGGACUGGUUUGGAUUUGCCUAUGCUGCAGCCAUCGCCUUCGGAGGAUUUAUGGGAUACAAGAGAAAAGCCAGCGUUAUGUCCUUGAUGGCUGGUUUAGUUUUUGGUUUGUUAUCGGCAUAUGGUGCAUACAACGUCUCCAAUGACCCAAAGGACAUCAAGGUCUCAUUGCUUUCCUCUGGAGUCCUCUCGCUUGUGAUGGGAAUGAGAUACAAGAAAUCUGGGAAGUUACUGCCUGCUGGCCUUAUGACCGGGCUGAGUUUGCUGAUGGUGUUUCGACUGCUACUGAACUUCGUGAUGUGACUGGAGGAAUAACGCUGACCGGCCUGAGGGCUCUCUGUGUCUAAUGGAACAAGCCUUGUUUUAAAGGAAACAGCAUUCCCAGUUAUUAUACUUAAACAAUCCGUAUGGUAAUUAACUUUCAUGUGACUAGAAACUUUGCAAAAGCUACCAGUUUGUGUUCAACAGAUUUAAGAUUAACUCCUAAUCUUAUUUCAGUAAACCUGUCUUGAUCUAUCUAGAUAAAACAGCUUUUUUAUUUUUUAAUAUAAGCAUGCGCAUGAAUGCAGAUCUUUUGGUUGGAGAUUAUGUACUCAAGCUUUGUGGUUGCAAUUGUUUGUGUUGGCAGGGUGUUUACUAUUAACACUAAAAUUUCAGUUAUGCAAGGCUGUUUACACUAUCAAGGUUUUGUAAUCUCAAAUGUUGAAAUUACUGAAAACGGGGCCAAGUUUUAAGAAUAAAAUGCCUAUUAUUGACUGCUUA